AUGGCGCGCGUCUCCAAUUCCAAGAAGCGCACGCUCAACAACCGCAAGAAGGAGGAGGACGCCACAAACGCCACCGCCAACGCCAGCGCCGGCGCCGCGGGGACCGUCGACGGCCGCCCCGUCCGCGUCUACGCCGACGGCAUCUUCGACCUCUUCCACUUCGGCCACGCCCGCGCCCUCGAGCAGGCCAAGCUGCUGUUCCCCAACACGUACCUGCUGGUGGGAUGCUGCAACGACGAGCUCACGCGCCGAUACAAGGGCAAGACCGUCAUGGACCAGGACGAGCGAUACGAGUCCCUGCGACACUGCAAGUGGGUUGAUGAGGUUAUUCCUGAUGCUCCGUGGGUUCUCACUCCAGAAUUCCUUGACAAGCAUAAGAUCGACUUUGUUGCGCAUGACGCUCUGCCUUAUGCUGAUACUAGUGGUGCUGCAAAUGACGUCUAUGAGUUUGUUAAAAAGAUUGGGAAAUUCAAGGAAACGAAAAGGACUGAAGGAGUAUCGACAUCCGACCUCAUAAUGAGGAUAGUGAAGGACUACAACCAGUAUGUCAUGAGGAAUUUGGCACGAGGAUACUCAAGGAAAGAAAUGGGCGUGAGCUAUGUUAAGGAGAAACAACUGCAAGUGAAUAUGAAGAUAAAUAAACUACGCGAGACUGUCAAGGCACAACAAGAGAAGUUACAAACGGUGGCGAAGACGGCUGGAAUAAACCAUGAAGAGUGGCUGGCAAACGCAGAUCGCUGGGUGGCCGGCUUCCUAGAGAAGUUUGAGGAGCACUGCCACGUCAUGGAAACUGCCAUCAAGGACCGGAUACAGGAGAAGCUGGGGAGACAGGCAAGCAAAGGCAUAGCUGGUGGUUUCAUGCGGCAGCCUGUGGCGGCGGCCUGAUGCUUUCAGACCCAAAGUCAGGAUAUGUGAAUCGAAGUUUGGGUGGUAGUGUGAGCACCAAGAGAAGUCGCUAGUGUGCUUGUGUCAUGGAAUGUGAUGCUUGUGCGAGUAAAAGCAGUUGAGAGUUAGCUGGGCAAGAUCUUUGUAUUAUUCUUUGUUUUUGUAAGUUGGAGGAGGAGGAUGUGUGUUGUUGUUUUACACGGUUCUGUACGCAAAUGUCUAUAGCAGAGGCGUUUGGUGUCGACUGUCGAGCGUCUGCCUACUCUCUGGAGAGAGUUUUUGUUAUUUGUUAUGUUUUGUAGGUUGUACCUUUUGUAAUGAGAUGGAUAUAUGUUCUUUUUAGCAGAAAGUGGAGCACAAUUAAAAUUAAUAACGUUUGAUGCAAUUUGAA